AUGGAGAAUCUUCUUGGAGGACUUGUUCAAAGUGGAGAGCGCCCUAAAUUAGAUCUUGAUAGCUUAAAGGAGGAUCUAGAUGAAGACAUCGAUACAGCCGACACAGUCUGGCCAUCUCACUCACCCGAUAAUACAUCAAUACUUGGGCAUCCAGCUAGCUCAGUAUCUGCAUCAGGGAACCGUCAUAGUUCGCCUUCGACGGCAGAUAUUUCUACGAACCCAUCGACUCUCCUUAAUGAAUCGGCUGGACUGGAUGAUGAUGAAAAAAAAGCUAUGCAGUUCGAUCUGGAUGCUAGACAAAAGAUCAAUGCACUAUCGGAUAGCAUGGACUCGAUGAAUUUGGAUGAUGGCGGAUUCAUUCGAUACCUCGGCAACAGCUCAGGAAUUGAUCUACUACAAAAGAGUCAGAUUUUAAAGAAUGGAUAUCUCAUGGUUCCCGUGAAAAUGAGAGAUCACCAGGAAUGGCUGCUCGAGAGAGAGGCCGAGGUCGCUCAGGCUGCAGCAGCUAUGCCUCUUCCACCCAAUGAUUUAGCUGAUCAUCUAAUAGAGUGCUACUGGACCCAUGUGCAUCGACAUAUCCCUGUUGUUCACAAAUCAUCAUUCAUGCGCCAGUAUCGGAAUCCGGACCCUGAUAAGAGACCUCCAAGAGUACUCUUGAAUGCCAUGUUUGCUAUUGCUUCUCGUUUUUCGCAACACCCAGAGAUCACAGGAUACGGUAACGAUACCGAGGGAUUUGGGGACGAGUAUUUCUACAGAGCAAAACGAUUAGUCGAUUUGGAAUACGAGUUGCCACGUCAGUCAUCCAUUCAGGCGUUGUUACUCAUGGUUACUUAUCGUCUCACAAACUCCAAAUCGGGUGGUCGUGUCUGGGUAUUGUUAGGCAUGGCCACGAGAAUGGCACAGGACAUGGGUAUGCAUCGAAACUCAUCCCGUUGGGACCUUCCGCCUCUAGAGACCGAGAUCCGUAAACGGUUGUGGUGGACUUGUUAUAUAAUGGAUCGUCAAGUCAGUGCUGCAAUGGGUCGACCGCUCGCCAUCGAUGACAACGAUUGCGAUGUUGAUUUCCCUGUAAUGAUCGAUCAAGAUUGGAAUGAUUUCGAUGGUAUUUCAGGAUCACCAGAUGAAGGUGCGGAAAAGCGUAAGGAGGAGUCCCAGUUUUCACUUCAUUAUUUUACUGAAACCAUCAAACUGUGCCAGAUUCUUGGGCAAAUUCUGAGGCGCAUUUAUGGGGCCACGACAAGGAAUCAUGGACCUGUGCAGGUUAGCUCGACUGUCGCAGAGCUCGAUAAUAUGCUUACAAAUUGGCUUCUAGGUCUUCCUAAGGAGCUGAAAUAUGACCAUCAGAUCAUGGCUAGUGGUGCUAAGAUUAAUCGUUGGGUUGCUACUAUUCACUGUUCAUACUACGUCUGUCUGAUUUUAUUGCAUCGGCCAUACAUGUUUCCAACGUCUCUGACAAAGUCCAAGAUUUCCGAAUCAAUGCCAUCACUCAACAUCGCAGUUUCAGCUGCCAACUCGAUUACACAUCUCCUUGGAAAACUGGAUGAGAUCGGACAUCUUGAUGAUGCAUGGAAUUUUUCAACGUUCGAAGCCUUUACUUCGGCUCUGAUCCAUUUGACUAAUUCUGCAUCAAUCAAUAUCCGGCUUCAGACCCAAGCCAGAAAGAACUUGGUCAAGUGUAUCGAAUACAUGAAGAAGAUUGGCCAACGUUGGUUCAAUGCUGCAAAGUUCUCGGUGUUGUUGGAAGACCUAAUGUGUGCACACUUGAAUUUUGAUGACUAUAAUAAUCAGGAAGGCCGUCUUAUGGAGCCUAUCGUGAUUGGUAGAGUUGGGGAACCUGGUUCCUCCUAUCCGAUUAUUCUUAGGGACCAGAAUCAUCCUUCAGGAGGGACGCUGCUAUUUGCGCCGAAACCUAUAGGCACGCCUUACUCACCCAGCUCGAGCACGACUACUCCUGAUUCAUCUCCAUCGAUGCCUAUGGCGCAUCAUCCGGAUGCUCAAGAUACUAAGAAUGAUGUGGUAGGAUCAGAUACCGCCUCAACAAGUGGUAUCAAUCAAGAAUCUACAGGGCACUCAUCCGUUCGACAAGUGAAAAAAGGACGAAAACCAACAUCGCAAAGGAAUUCACUUUUGUCCUCAACUUCUACUGGCAGCAGCUCACCUUCUCAGCCGACAUUAUCCAGUUGUAGUAACAAUGAGCCUCCAUCUGCAGCUGUGCCUGGAUCAGUAUCAAUACCGACCCUCAAAAGCUCGACAUCUCCAGCGACAUCGACGUUGCAGGACCAACCAAUGUUUACAUUCUCCUCCUUGUCGACCCCUGGAAUGUUUACGGAAGGGCAGGCAUUUAUGGACCAUGAUCAAAUGCUUGCUCAACAACAGUUGCAGCUGCAGCAGCUGCAAGAGCAAAGCGGACAGCAAACACAACUGUCGCUGAAGCUACGAGCGUUACAACAACAGCCGCAGCAACAGCCGCAACAACAACAGCAACAGCAACCCUUUUCGGCCACACCACUGUUUUCAUCGCCGUUUGCGCUUCAAACAAGCAGGAAUUUUGGCCCGAUGAUAGGGCUCCCUACCUCUCAACCGCCACCCGUCCCAGCUGGUUCAGUUCUUAGACAGCUCUUGCAGCAGGAUUUGAAACAGGGCCAGCAGCAGCAGCAGCAAAAGCAACAACAGACUGAGCAGUCAUUCAUAUCAUACCAACAGCAACAACAACCAUUCCCACAAAGCAGCAAUUUCAUUCUAACGAGUGCUGCUACAAUAGCAGCAGGAACUGACUUUAAGUCCAGUCCUAGUAUAUCAGGCCUUGUAUCGUGUGAUAACAAUAAUAGCAAUAACAACAACAGCUCCACUACAACGACAUUUGCAUUUAUGAAUGCUUCUAAUCCAGUACACACGUCUAAUGGAGGAGUAGACUUUUCAGACUUCUCGUUGUUCCCCCAACUUCAGCAACAGCAACGGCAACAGCAUCAGCUUUUGCAAGCGCAGAUGACACAGCAACAGCAACAACAACAACAACAACAACAGCAACAGCAGGAUGGAAGUACGAUGGCCGCAGUACCAAAUCCAUUUUUUGGCAUCCCCAACACUAUUGAUUGGGACGAAUGGAACAGUUAUAUAGCUAGUGCUGGUCUCCAAAAGUUUUGA